AUGCAGACGAAAAAACUUACUCAAGAGGUCCAAAAGCUGAAACACGUGGAGACUUUUUAUGAACAGCCACCACCAGGAUACAUCAAGGAGCAUGAAGAAAAGCCAGAGGACUGUAUUCCUGCAGAGCCUGGAAAUGAAGACGCCAGACAGUUCCUGGCUCACGCCCCAACCAAAGGACUGUGGAUGCCCCUGGGGAAAGAGGUCAAAGUGAUGCAGUGCUGGAGAUGCAAGAACUACGGCCACAGAACAGGUGACAGAGAGUGCCCUUUCUUCACUAAAGGCAACCAGAAAAUAGAGCAAUUCAGAGUGGCUCAUGAGGAUCCUAUGUAUGACCUGAUCCGAGAAAACCAAAGAAACGAAAAAGAAACAAGAAUUCAACAGCUUCAGCAGCUGCUCCAAGACACCACCUCCUCUUCAUCUGAUUCAGAGAGUUCCUCUUCCUCACAUAAGCAUCGCAGCAAGAAGAAAAAGGACAAGAAAAAGAAGAACAAGAAGGACAAGAAAAAGAAGCGAAAGCACAAAUCCUCCAAAUCCAGCGAAGGCUCUCAUUCAGACUGA